AUGGGCCAAAUAACAUCAUCUUUGGGUUUGUGGAAGUCCAACAAGAAUGCAGAUUAUCCAUACAACAGCAGCAACAACAGCUCUGAGAGAUCCGUCACUCCAUACGUCUACAGGAGAAGAGGGUCCAUGUAUUUUGAUGAAGAUGGGGAUUUAGCUCACGAGUUUUAUGAAGAAAUCAAAACACACAAAGGAGUGAAAAUGAAAAGAGUGCCAAACAACUGCUUGAUACCUCAAGGGUACAUAAAAUUGUCGACUCCAAGAUUGAACAAAGACAUCCCGAUAAUAAUUCACGAAGCCAAAUCAUGA